UCAAAGUCAACAUAUGACAUUAAUGUUCUUUCAUAACAUCAGACUCGUGCGAAGUUAUCGAAUUUAUGUUGCAUUUAUUAUUUAAUUCGGCAUAAACAAUGUUAAAACAAGUUUUAACACCUCGUCCGGCUUUCCAACUGCUUAGUUACUUGAGGCGAACAUUCUUGUCAGAGGCAUAUUCCUGCCAAGAUGCCUGGCAAUCGCGGUUGUCAACACCGGUCUUAGAGAAGGUGAACCACGAAGCCUUGUACUACGAGUUGGAGCAAAAGCUGCACCAGAAAGCAAAGGUUUCGGCCAUAGAUAUCGAUAUCUACGCUAACAAGCUGACUGAUGAUUCCCACAUUGAAGAAGCGGCUGACAUUAUGCAUAAGUUCCGGUUGACCGAAGAAACUUCCAAUAUGUUGGAUUCUACUCAACAUGCGAUUAUUCGAUGUUACGUGGAACACAGUCACUACUCCGAGCUAAUUGAGAUGCUCAAUAACCGGAUUGGUUACGGUGUAUUUCUGGAUGAUUACACGGCAAACCUAACAUUGGACCGCCUUGUCACUACGAAUGAGUUUAAAUGGGCUGCACGUAUCGCUACCCUACUAGGCCUGCAGGAAGAUUUUACUAAUCCAAUAACCCGAUCGUUAGCUACAUACGCCUGUUACCGGUAUGUAAAAUCAGGGGAAAUUGGCGACUUUGAAGAUAUUGCGCCAGCUCCAGUGGAAGAACCUACAGAGGGCAAAAAGAAAAAGAAAGAAGAGAUCAAGGUGCGUGUUAAGUUUCUGCGGAAUGAAUUUUUCGACGAUCACUUCGAUCUAACGAGUUCGAAAUUGCUCUUGGGCAAAACUUUCUAUAUUCUUGGACAGCAUAGUGAAAAUGUUGUGAGUAACAGUUGCAAGCUUCUAGGGUUAGUUCUGCACGAGAAGUACGCACGGGCAUUGGACUUUAUUAAAAACUGUAAAAAUAUUGAAAUCAGCAGUGAAAUGGUAGAGUUAGCUAAAACUUACUUAGAGAAAGCGGAAGCUAAAGAAGAUGAACAUUAUUUGAAGCUAGUUGAGCUACUAAAUAGUACGGACGCUGGUUUUAAGCUAGAUAGUAGCAGCUUCGAAAAAAUGUUGCUUGACGAUAUCAAUAAAAGCGUUGCUGAAAAUGAGGAACGACAAAUCCAGGAACAGAAAAAGACUUACAGUCUUUGGUGCAAUUUGAGACAACAACGUUUAGAGGAAGAACUUGAACGAUUGCAACGCGCCAAACGCAUCCAGGAUUUGGAAAAAAUCAGCCGCGAGAUGGAGCGAGAAGAGCAAAAAUUGUGGUUCUUUGAAAACGAGGAUAAAAUCGAUUUGCAAAUCGAUGGCAAAAAAGUUUAUUAUCCUAAGCGCUGGUUCGGUAAGAAAAAGAAACCACGUACCGUGGAUGAAGGUUACAUUCCACCAGAGGUUCGCCAACGUCACCACCAGCAAUGAGCGCCUAGUUCUUUCAAUAGUGAAAACCCAGAGUAACCGAAUGAAUAAAGCUUGUUUUAAUGGGCACUUUA